AUGGUGCAACAAUCUUGGAGCAGAUGGAUGUUGACAAUCAAAUUGCAAAAUUGAUGGUUGAGUUAUCCCGAAGUCAGGAUUAUGAAAUUGGUGAUGGCACCACUGGUGUGGUUGUAAUGGCCGGUGCACUCUUAGAACAGGCUGAGCGAUUAUUAGAACGUGGAAUUCAUCCUAUUCGAGUUGCAGAGGGUUAUGAACUGGCCUCCAGGAUAGCUGUUGACCAUCUGGAGCAUAUUGCCCAGAAGUUUGAUUUUGGAGAAACGAACUUAGAACCUUUGAUUCAAACUUGCAUGACCACUUUAUCGUCAAAGAUUGUGAAUCGUUGUAAGCGCAAUCUAGCAGAAAUUGCCGUGAAAGCGGUUGUUGCAUGA